AUGGCUGGUGUUUUACAUUCCGAAGUUUGUUGCUGCUCAUUUUUAUCACAUUCCAAAUUUGGUCAUAAUCAUUCCCAUGGUAACGGACAUGAUCAUAGCCAUGGCAACAAUGAUGGUCACUCCCAUAGAAAUUACGACACUGGAAAACGUAAACAUUCCGAUCACCAACAGGUGCCAUUGAUAUCAAACAAUGAGUUGAGUGUGGAGAUAGAACAGAGUGAAGUCACUACGCGAAGUAAAAAUAUCAAUGUUCGUGCUGCGUUUAUACACGUGAUAGGUGAUAUUAUACAGAGUAUUGGUGUCUUCAUAGCAGCUUUAAUUAUCAAAUUUACAGAUGGUGAAAUGUACCGUCUAGCCGACCCAAUCUGUACCUUCAUCUUCUCCCUGUUAGUUUUAAUAACCACCAUUGCCGUUUUACGAGAUACUUUGCGUGUUAUGUUGGAAGAAAAUAUUGUUACACAUAACAACGUUUUACAAAACGCUAAAAAAUUACUCAAAUCUGAGUUUGACUUCUAUCAUGUGACUAUUCAGGUAGAGAACUAUCACCAGGAAGUGAUGUCACAGUGUGAUGAGUGCAAUGAAAUUAGAUGA